UAUAAUGAUUGCAGUGAUUAGUCUCUGUUGAGACUCACGGGUAGAAAAUGUUUACAUACUUAAUUUACCAUUUAUGAAUGUCUUUGUUGUUUGGGAUUGUAAGCCUCGCUGAUGCUCGGGUUGCCAGAUCCUUACAAAUUUAAUAUAAUAUAAUGUAGCUAUAUAUUCGGCACAAAUUUUAUUCUUUGUGACGGACCAGACCGCAUGUCAGGAAGCAGUUAUUUCUGACUCCAGUCAACAAAUUCACGGCGAAGCCUGCCGCGCCCAGCGUCCACUUCGACCGGAUCAAGAGCUGCCUGGAGGAGUACACAGCCCCCAGGCACAAGAUAAAGACCAAGGCUGCUUCCAUGGAGGACCUCACACCCACCAAGAGAAUCAAGAGAGAAAAAACUGUCCAGGACAUCACGGGCCGACCUGCCGCUAAGGUGGCGGUGGCGGGGUCCGUGGAACAGCGAGCGGGGGCCAGGGUGGCGCGGUUCAUGCUGCUGGCGGCCUGGAGGAGGAGGAGGCACGAGAUACGGUUCAUGAGGAAGACGCUCGAGUUCCAGGUGAGCUGUUCGGAGCGUCUCCGGCUCCAGGUGUCCGCGCUCAAGUCACUGCUGGAGUCAGACACGGCCAAGGUCCGCCUCGCCAUGAGGGAGCUGGACAGACUGAAGAAGAUGCUGAGGGACAAGGAGGAGGAGAAGGCGCUGCUAGAGAAGGAGAAGGUCGCGUUAGAGAAGGACGUCAGCGCGGCCGAGGACCGCGCCUCCGAGAUGAGUAUCGGCUGGCGGAACAGUCGCAACGAGCUCGAGAACACGCGCGCUGCGGCUCACAGGCUGGAGCAACAGCUGAAAAAGGAACAGGACAAGGUGGACAAGUUGGAGGGCGAGCUGUCCCAGCACAAGGUCAUCGUCCGCAGCUGCCAGGCGCAGGCGGCGGCGCUGAGGAGGAGGCUGGACGAGCGGGGCGAGCUGUUGCAGCAGACGGAGCAGCGCCUGGCCGAAGAGACCGAAGCGCGGGAGCAGUGUUUGUCGGAGUGCUCCUCCCUACGGGAGCUGGUGUCUCGUCGCUCGGCGGAGGCGAGGGCGCGCGCGGAGCAGGCGGCGGCCCUGCAGGCGGAUCUGCAGCACGUGAGAGACCAGCUGGAGGCCUGGCCCGCCUCGCUCACACGGCUGCUGUGCGCGGCGAGGUCGUGGAUACGGCGGCCGAUGUCCGUGUCCCAGACCGUGCUGUGGUCGCUCACCCCCGCCCGCCACGGCUGUUGACUGCCUGCUCCGGCUGAAGGCGGACGAGCCUCCUCGUAGCGGCAUGUCAGCUCGUAUUAUAUUGCCCGACCACUUUUUAACAUUCCGUGGCUCCGUCACAUUUAGAACACAACACAAAUGUCAAUGUUAAAAGCGUUCCUCUUGUGACAGUUCGAGACUUUUUUUUAUCUUAGGCAUUAUAGUUGCUUGGUUUGGACGGCGUUUACAAUGAGUCUUUGGUAAGUAUGUACUGAGCGUGGUUCGUUUAUAAUAUAUUGUAUUAGGUCAAGUUGCGAUGUUUUUAGGUAAGUCUGUUUUAGUUUUAUAAGUCUGUGGUUUUAGUAAUGUUAAUAAAAUGUUGUUAUUUGA